CCACGUGCGGUCACAGGUCAGUCUUGGGAGGUUGCUUGCUUGAAAAGUACUGUAGAUAUUAGUUUAAAUUGCAAAUCAAUGUUAAAUAUUAUACACGUGUUUGAAUAUUUUGAACCUUUAUUCACUUGAACUAAUAUUGGGAGCUGUAACUAAUGAGGAGCCAUUCAUAAAAACACACUAAAACAGAGUGGUUAUGUCCCACAGUAAAAUCUACAAGAGCCACGUGGAUGACAGCAGCCUCUACAACCACGAGGAUGAGUACAAGAACCCAGUAUCGGAAGAGAUGCAGCGCAAGAUCGUCGCUGAGUCGGAGCGCCUUCGAGCCCGUCUGCGCCAGGAGCUGGCCGAGCUGAGAGAGAAGCUGGCUCCGUCCCCGGUCCAUCUCGCCUCCACGCUGGCCAGUAUGAGGGAACGCCUGGUCCCACUCACCCAGCAGCUCCACAACAACACCCACCACCUGUGCCACCAGGUCAGACUGUACCUGCAUGGUCUGAAUGCAGCGGAGACCAACCCGGAUCCGAUUGCCCACCACUGGAUGGCACAAACGCUGGAGCAGAGCGCCUCCAAACUGGCUGACAUCAUGGCUGACUUCAUGGCUAAAAUCAGAGAGCUGACGGAACGCCUGAGGGAGAUGAGUGAGGCAGAGGCAGCUAAUGCAGGAAUCUGGCAGGGAUUUAGCUCUAGGCUAGAAUGGGAAGUGACUUCACUGAAGAUGAAAGCGCAGAAUAGUCUGGAGGCUCUUAAAGUAGACCUCGCCGAUCAGUCGCCAACUGCACAGCCUCUUGAGGCCACGGUGGAACGCUUCUGCCAGGAUUCAGCACAGCAACACCAAGCCUUCCAAGGCAGG